AGAGACAGCCGGCCGAGAGAGCAAUCCGUGUUUGGAAGGCAUAUUGGCAGACACGCAAGCAAAGAAGGGUGAAAGAAGUGAGAGACGCCAGAACACAAGAGGUUCACGCGCUAUCGGCAGACUGACGGAGCGCGUAUCUCGGAGCGUUAAACCGCCACCAAUCAAGACGGAAGCCCCCAGGCAAACGGGGCCCGAGUCUCGUGUCACGGGGAGGGAGACACCAGUCCCCCCCGCAUCUAGACGCUGGGUCCCUCCAUCACUUCUACCACAACAUGGACUCACUCAAGAGGCCAAAAACGAUGCUAUUUUCAGAACGGUUCGAGGUAUUCUCAACAAACUCACCCCAGACAAAUUUCAUAAGUUAAGUGGUGAUUUGCUUGAAAUUGAUCUCAGUUCCCGUCAAAUAUUAAAUGGUGUUAUACAUUUGAUAUUCGAAAAAGCAGUAGAUGAGCCAAAGUACUCGUCUAUGUAUGCACAAUUGUGCAAGAGACUGCAUUCAGAAGCGCCGAAUUUUGAAGAACCGAAUGAUGAAUGUACAGUUUUUCGUUUAAUAGUGAACACCUGUCGCGAUAGAUUUAUAAAGCGCUCAACAUAUAGUGAAUUGAUAAAGAAGAAUGACUCACCAUUAUUGCCAGAGGAUGAAGAGGAGAAACAGCAGAUAUUCAAGCAGAAGAUGCUUGGCAAUGUCAAAUUCAUUGGUGAGCUGUAUAAAUUGGGAAUGGUGUCUGAGAGCACCAUUCACCAGUGCAUUAUACAAUUGCUGGAGCCCAAUGCGAACAAUCACAUGCGCAACGAGGACAUGGAAUGUCUGUGUCAGUUGCUCAGAACUUGUGGAAAGAACUUGGAUACAGAACAGGGCCAAGUGCUGAUGAAUCAGUAUUUCCAGGGUAUGGCGAAGAAAUCAAUGUCGGCAAAAUAUCCACCACGAAUAAGGUUUAUGUUGCGUGACAUUAUUGAGUUGCGACGGAACAAUUGGAUACCGAGAAAAGUAGCCACUACUGAGGGUCCAGUUCCGAUUCAUCAGCUGAGAAUUGAGGAGGAUCUCAUUCGGCCGAACUUUGGCAACAGACCGAGAGAUCUUCGAAAUGAUCGGGAUGGUGAUUGGAUUAAUCGACACUCUGGAUUUAGUGAUAUGUUCAGCAAUCUCUCCAACACUUCGGCGAUUAUAUCAGCAUACAACGUGACACCAGGAAAUGCAUUUGGCGGCCGUGACGGUGUGCGUGGGCUGGUGAAUGGCGGCGGCCUGAGUGUUGGACCGAGUGGCAAUGGGAUUGGUGCGAGUGGUGGCUCGUACAGGAAUGUGCAGCGCAAUCAGAACAAUGCGUCCCAUCAGAAUUAUCAAAACUACAAUAAUCGCUACAAUAAGCACAAUCAUGGCAAUAACAAUUCGCACAACACGUCAUUUGCCAGCAAUAUGCUCAACAACAAAGAUCUGGCGCCGCGCUUCAAGAGGAACUUGAUUCAGACACCACAGGAUCCCGUGGAGAAUCUCCAGAUGCGUCCGGCGGCCAAUAGUUUGCUGUUCAAGGCGAAUAUCAAUGUGAACAAGCAGCAAUUGCCACUGACACAGCCGCGUGCCAAUGCAGCGGCGGCCAAUCACGUGGGCCACCAUGGAAACUACAUGGGUCCAAUGGAGGCGAAUCCGCCACUGCCGCAGGUACACCGUGAGCCGCAGGGCAAGGUGGUGUUGCAGUCCGUGGCGCCGGUGAAUCCGGUGAUCAUCAAGGAGGAGCUGGUCAUGGGUGGUGGUAUGAUGAAGGAGGAGGUGAAGAAGGCGCCGAAGCAGAAGAAGGACAAGGCCCCGAAUAAGGAGGAGUUCAUAAAGAAGGUGACAGUAUUCAUGGCGGAGACGUACAUGCCACAAUUGGGCGACACUGACGGUGGUGAUAUUGAUGAGAUUGCUGGGAAGUUUGUGGAGUUAAAAGUGCCUGAGAAGUUCAUGAAGGAUGCCGUGACUAUUCUCUUCACUGAGAUUCUCGAGAAGAGCGACGAUGCGCAUGAGAGAUCCAUUGACUUUCUGGUGGUGUUGAAGAAGGAGGGCAAACUCAAUCCCAAUGCCACUGUGGAGGCCUUCAAGUAUCUCGUGAAUACGAUGAGUGAGCGCGAAUCAAGCAUUCCAAGGGUGACGACAAUUGUGGCGUCACUGCUCAGUCGUGCUGCUAUGUCGAAGCUCUGCUCCCUGGCGGAUAUUGCGUCAUUCACGGAGAAUGGUCAGCACUAUCCGCUGCUGCUGCUCGUGCUGCAGCAACUGCACAAGACACUGGGUCGUCAAGCGCUCACGGAGAUGUUUAACAAGAGCAAAGUGGACAUCAUGAUGAGUCUGCCAGAUGCCGAUCGCACAAAGGAUCGCAUGGCGGAGAUACUCGAUGAUCGCAACCUGAGCUUCCUCUAUCCGCUGCUCAAGGUGCAAUCUGAGCUGUGGAAGCAAAUCCAGCUGGAUCCCAAUCCGCAGCAGUUCUACAAGUGGAUCAAGGAGAAUGUCGAUGCCAGCUGCUAUGCCGAUGCUGGCUUUAUUCAGGCCAUGAUGACAGUUCUGCUAAAGUAUAUCACUCAGGAGACAACAAUGGCUGAGGGAAUUGAUGCGUCUAAGCAUCCUGAGAAGGCUCUCAUUGAGAAGGAGAGGAAGUACUUGGAGAAGUACUGUCCAAUUCUCAAUGCUUUCCUCAAGAGUCCCAAUCUUCAAUUGGUGUCAAUCUAUGCUCUGCAAGUGUAUUGCUAUACUCUCGAUUUUCCCAAAGGAAUGCUUUUGCGAUGGUUCACGGCUCUGUAUGAUUUGGGUGUGAUCGAAGAGGAUCCUUUCCUGCAGUGGAAGGAGGACAUAACUGAUGCGUAUCCGGGCAAAGGAAAGGCGCUGUUCCAAGUGAAUUCGUGGCUGACAUGGCUUCAGGAGGCUGAGUCUGAGGAUGAGGAGAAUGAGCAGUAAAAUUCCCCCCAAGAUUUUUUUUUCUUCGUCGUGAGUUGAUGAGAAUUACCACAUUAUUAUUGUGACUUGAAAAAUUCUCGCGUGAAGAGAGGGAAAGAGAAGACACAAAAGAAAGAAGAAGAAGAAGAAAACUUAGAAAACACAAAAAUACGAUUUGGGCAUGUGAAGAGUUUAUCUGUGCUUUUAUUGCUUUCUACGUUUGAUGUCCAUGCAAUGAAUGGAUGUCAUAGUAAUAUUGGUUUCAUUGACACACUUUCUCUUAUCACUUGAUUUGAUCAUAGCAAGACAACAAAAAAAAUGUUUAGAGAUUGCGAAGAGGAGAAGAAAUAGUCCGGAAGAGAAUCCUCACGGGAAUGUGAGUGUAUGUGUGUGCGUAAAAUAGUAAAUUUUUAUCAAUGGAACUGAAUCAAAUAUGAAUUAAUCACUGCCCAAGACUAUUUAUAAAAGAGAUGCUUAUAUUUAAAUUAACAGAUGAUUUGUAAUGGAUCACAAAGUAUGUGGGGAAGAAACUGUAGCUAAUUUAUAAAUGGAUAGACACUCAUGAGCGAAGCGUAUCACUGAGUUUUCACACUAUUGAUAUUUAAUAAUAUAAAAAAAGAGUGUAUUUCUUCGUUGGGUCAUUAACUAAUUAAUCAAUUUUAAACUUCUAUCGCUGUAAACAUUGUUUUUGAGUAUAACCUUUUUUCUUUCCAAGUAGUUUUUUUUUUUUUGUUUCUCUUAUUCACGAAACCGUCUAAACUCCUCAGCAUAAUUGUAUAUUCUUAUUCCAGAGAGAUGGUAAAGUAAAUAACAUAUAAAAUAUUAUAGAUGAAAUGAACAUUAACCAAUUACUGUAAUCUUGUAAUGGGAUUUUUUAUUUGAUUCGUCUUAUAGUAAAUGUAGAGAGAGAGAGAAGGUGGGAAUGAGAAAAUCUCUUAGCGAUCGAUUUUGGGAGAGAAGCGCAGGAGCAUAAAAAAAAUAUUUACGACAAAUUAACUUUGUAUUGUGGCUGGAGAAAAUUCUAAGUAUUACUCGCGGAAAAAAACAUAGCAACAAAUUGGAAUGGCGACUUUACUCGAGAUAUAAUGACUCUGAAAAAAAAGCAAAGUGUUAUUCACGAUGAGCGUUUAAAUGAUUGAUGAGGACUUUGAGAUGUAAAGGAUAAUGUUUGUUUUCUUGUAAUCUUCAGUUUCUAGCAUACAAUUUAAUUAUAUAUAUAUUAUAAAUAUGGGAAAGAAAAGUAAGCGUAAAAAUUGUGAACCUUUUGUGACCGAAGUCUAGUUGAGGAGGAAAAUCACACUUGUGUAAAACAAUUAAUCUUUCACCAGAUUGAUGAAGAAAGAUUAAAGAAUAUUUAAGUAUAAAUCACACAACUAAAAAAAAUUAAUAUACGAAUAAAAAAAACAUCAAUAAAAUUCACUUAAAAGUAGUGUGAAGGAAUCGAAUUGCGCGCGUGAACGUUAAGAGAGCUUUUAAGUGGAUUGUAUUGUGGACAAAAAAAGACGAUUUUUGGGUGGAGAAUUGCAAUAUUUUAGUGAGGAAUUCAUUAUAAUUUGUGAUGAAAUAUUGCAAUUGACCGUGCAAAGAAUUUCCUUAUGAAAUGGAUGGGAAAGGUGGAAAACCUUUCUGAAAAUUAAUAGAUCAAUUGGCAUUUUAUUCACUGAUAAACACACACAAUUUCUCUCAUUCAUUUUCUCAUUUUAACAACAGUUUUUUUUAUUCGGAAAGUGUUUCAUGAAACACACUGAAUUUCCCUGGAGAAGAAGAAAAAGUUGCGUGCAAUUUGUAAGUGGGAAAAAUGUGUAAGUUGCGUGAAACAUUGCUCGAAAUACACUUGAAAAAUAGACAGUAAAAGAAUAUUGUUGAUAAAUCGAUCUUCUGUGGCCAAUUAAGAGAUUUUUUACUCUAAAAAACAGUUACAUUAAAUAGGAUGAGAAAGUUUAAUAAAUCUCUUGAUUCGGAAACGAGAAUUUCAGUCGGUGGAAAAGACCACAAAACUCAUUUGUGCUUCGGAGAUAUUAAAUUAAAUUCCCUUUUCAGACACCUUUUUCUCUUUUAUCUAUUAAUAGUCUUCCACUGCCCAAUUUCACAAACACUUUCAGCAUUAUUGCGCCAAAAAAAAAAGGAUGGAAGAAAAAGAAGAGAGUUGAUGAAAUUCUCAUUGAAUAUAAAAGAAAAAUCAGCUGAAGCACAAAUAAGUUUGUGGAGUGAAUUAUCGCAAAAUCAAUUUUUAUCGAUAGUGGAAAAGCAUGUGGGUUGAGAAAAAAGUAAUACAUUUAUGCAAAGAAGCAGAAGAAGGAGUGUAAAUUUGCAGGAUUAGUUGUGACGUGGUUUGUGUUGCGAAAUCGAUGAAAAUGACUUUGUGAGAAAAACUGCUCCUUUAAGACUACUUAAUGCAAUUUUAAUAAAUCUGAUGCAUCUCGUAAUGUUCGAUGGCGAAAGACAGGCAGACAGAGAGAGCGAGAGAGAGAGAGAGCCUUUUUGAGAUUUGUCUCAGGCGCUACCAUGCAAUAUUUGACUGAUUGGGCGGUUCUGGGCAUCGUUUUGUCGCGAAAAUUUCAAUGUCAUUUUGUAUAAUAGUGGUUUAAGAGAGAGAUUUGAAAAGGGAUGUUCAGGCGCUGAAUGUUAUGAGACUAAAGAAUUUAAUAAAAAUGCACCCGUUUUAAAGUGGCAAACAA